UCAAGUCUGUCUCCUGAUGUUGUUGAGUCUGACUGUAGUUUCUGAUGUGCUCUGUGUUACAGUGAUACAGGGUCAGAAUGGCUGGGGAGUGACUUACACCUCUACUCAGAUCUGUGCCUUAAAAGGAUCAACAGUGGAAAUAAGCUGCACCCUCACAUACCCAUCCAGAAUAAAUGGCCGUGAUACUAAAGUUGAGGAAACAUUAUGGUUUACUAAACUGCAAGAUAAAGAACCUGUGGAUCUGAGAACAGACUCAAGAUACGCAGGUCGUUUGCAGUACAGUUGUUCUGACAACAUCUGCACUCUGAGAAUCACAGACCUGAGAGAGAGCGACUCAGCUGAGUACAAGUUCAGGUUCAUAACAAACCAGCCAGGUGGAAGAUUUACUGGUUCACCUGGAGUCACUUUGUCUGUCAGAGAUACAGGUUUCCAGGUGCAGGUGAGCAGCUCAGAGUCAUGCAAGAUUGAAACAUGUACAUGGUCACAGCUUAAGUGUCUCAGCAGCUGUCGUCUACGUGAUCAAACCUCCUACAUCUGGUACAAGAAUGGGCAGAAAAUUAAGGAAGAAGCACCUUCUUAUUCAGACUACUUUUAUCCUGCAGACAGCUAUUCCUGUGCCCUUAAAGGACAUGAGGAUUUUUCUUCUCCAUCAGUGUGUGGCCAUGGUCAUUCAUGCAACAGAGUGACUUACACUGACAGAAGCAUCUGUGCUGUCAAAGGCUCAUCAGUGGACAUUUCUUGUACUUACAACAGUUAUGACACAGAUAUCAGAUCUAAAUUCUGGUUCAGUCCUGAACGUAGUCUUCAGUGGCAGAAUCCCUCACAGCCUGAGGACCUUAGUGAAGACUCCCAGUAUGCAGGUCGUGUUCAGGUCCUUGAAACAGAGAGAGGACGCUCCACUCUGAGAAUCACUGACCUGAGAGAGAGCGACUCAGCUGAGUAUCACUUCAAAUUCACAGCAGGAAGCUUUGAAUGGAGGAGUAGUUUACCUGGUACAACUCUGACUGUCACAGGUACUGAUGAACACAAACUGUAACAGCACAU